AUGAGCAGAAACAAUUUUCCAUGGCAGAAUGCAAGUGUGGUUAAGUAUAGCCUAUUCUUCAGUUUGUGGUUCACCAAAAAUCUGUCACCUGACAAGAUCAACCUGAGCACAUUAAAGGGGGAAGGCCAGCUGACCAAUUUAGAACUGGAUCAAGAGGUGCUUCAGAACAUGCUGGAUCUUCCAACAUGGCUUGCUAUAAACAAGGUCUUUUGCAAUAAGGCAUCCAUUAGGAUACCAUGGACAAAAUUGAAAACACAUCCCAUCUCUUUGUCCUUGGAUAAAGUUGUAAUGGAAAUGAGCACAUGUGAAGAGCCACGUGCCCCUAAUGGACCCUCUCCUAUUGCAACUGCAUCUGGACAGAGUGAAUAUGGCUUUGCUGAAAAAGUGGUAGAAGGCAUUUCAGUUUCUGUGAACUCCAUUAUAAUAAGGAUUGGUGCAAAAGCCUUUAAUGCUUCAUUUGAACUUUCCCAGCUGAGAAUAUAUAGUGUAAAUGCAAACUGGGAACAUGCUGACCUCAGAUUUACCAGAAUACAAGAAGCUCAACGUGGAGAGGUUUUGACUUUUAAAGAAAUCAACUGGCAGAUGAUCAGAAUAGAAGCAGAUGCAAUCCAGAGUUCUAAGCAUGAAAUCAUGAGUGCUCCAGUUCGACUGAUUACUAACCAAUCAAAAAUUAGGGUCACACUUAAAAGAAGGUUAAAGGAUUGUAAUGUAGUGGCAUCAAAACUGGUUCUGAUUCUGGAUGAUUUGCUAUGGGUUUUGACUGAUUCCCAGUUGAAAGCCAUGGUGCAAUAUGCCAAAUCUCUCAGUGAAGCCAUAGAGAAAUCAACAGAACAGAGAAAAAGGUUGGCUACUGAAACAGCACAGAGCACUGCCCCUGCACCCAGCUCUCAGCAGGUGAAAGCGCACCAGACAACAGCAGCACCUGAUCAAAACGAUGCAAUAGUAAAAUUGUUUAAUGAUUUUGAUGUUAAGGAAACUUCUCAUCACUUAGUAAUUUCCCAUUUGGACCUACAUAUAUGUGAUGAUAUCCAUUCUAAAGAAAAAGACUCAAAUAGACGCGUUACAGGAGGGGCCAUGCAGCUUUCCUUCAGCUAUUUAACAGUGGACUAUUAUCCAUUUCACAAAGCAGGAGACAGCUGCAAUCACUGGAUGCAUUAUAGUGAUGCUACUAAAACCAGAAGUGGAUGGGCCAAAGAAUUAUUAAAUGAAUUCAAAAGCAAUGUUGAAUUGCUUAAGCAGGCUGUGAAGGACCAGGUCAUAGAUUCUCCUCCCAGGUCACCACCUGCUGUAUCUCCUCAGAACCUACAAACAGGCAAGGAACAGAUACCGAAAGGAACAUCUAGGGCUUCCUCUGUAUCUUCCCAACAACCAAAGGGCAAACUGAUGUCUAGUCCUAUUGUGGUUAGACUUGCAGAUUUCAAUAUAUAUCAGGUUUCAACAGCGGACCAGUGUCGUUCUUCCCCUAAAGCUCUGAUCUCUUGCAAUAAAAAGUCACUUUAUCUUCCACCAGAAAUGCCAGCUAUUCAUAUUGAAUUCACUGAAUAUUACUACCCAGAUGGAAAGGACUUCCCUAUUCCAUGUCCAAACUUGUAUGGCCAGCUGAAUGCUUUACAGUUCACCCUGGAUGAGAGAAGUAUUCUUUGGCUAAAUCAGUUUGUGUUGGAUUUGAAACAGAGUCUUAUUCAGUUCAUGGCCAUGUACAAGUUAAAUGACAGUUCAAAAUCAGAUGAACACGUUGAUGUCCGAGUUGAUGGACUAAUGUUAAAGUUCAUCAUCCCAUCUGAAAACAAACCUGAAAUUCAUAAAGAUCAACCUUGUGCAAUUUCCAUUCAAAGUUCAGAGAUGAUUGCUACAAAUACAAGAUAUUCUCCAAACUGCAGACACUCUGAUCUAGAAGCUUUGUUUCAAAACUUCAAAGACUGUGAAUUUUUCAGUAGAACUUUCACCACUUUUCCUAAGUCGCAGAAGAAUUUUAAUCUUUUGCAUCCAAUCUUUCAGAGACAUGCUCAUGAACAAGAUACUAAAAUGCAUGAUGUUUAUAAAGGUUAUAUCAUCCCAAAAUUGAAUAAAUAUGCAUUGAAGACAUCUGCAGCUACUGAUGUUUGGGCCUUGCAUUUUUCCCAGUUUUGGAUAGAUUAUGAAGGAACAAAAAGUGGGAAAGGCCGACCAAUAAGCUUUGUGGACUCAUUCCCACUUUCACUUUGGAUUUGCCAGCCAGUAAGAUUUGCAAAGUCACAAAAAGAACUUCUGUCGCAUAAUCAGACAGCUUUGAACAUUCCAAAAAGUGAAUCUAGUGAUCUUGCUAAUAGACUGCAGCGUAAAAAACUUCUAAAGGAAUAUUACAGCAGUGAGACGGAGCCCUUGACCAAUGGCAUUCAAAUGUCAGACACUUCAGGAGUGCUUUCUGAAAGUUCUUCCUCUGAUGCAGAUGUACAUGUUCUUGUCCAUGUUCAAAAACAUGUAAGCGUGCAGAUUGAUCAUUACCAAUAUCUUUUUUUGCUGUUUCUCCAUGAAUCUCUUGUAUUGCUCCUGGAAAACUUAAGGAAUGAUGUAGAAGCAGUGACAGGAAAACCUGCAAAACAAACCGAUGUCUGUAUUGGGAUCUUAGUGAAAAGUGCAGAACUAGCCUUACUACUCCAUCCAGUGACUCAGGGAAACCCUUGUAAGUCUCCAGUUGUGGAAGAAGGAAGUCCCAUGGCAUCAGAACUCUCCCCUUUGGGAAAUGGGGAAGUUCUUACUUCAGAGAGUAAAUCAGUUGGCAGUAAGAUAGUGCAAACUGGUAUUACUAAUUUUGAUUAUGUAAAUGACUGCAAGCCUCUGAAUGCUGAAGUUAAUAAAGGAAUUUUAAUAGAUCCUCUUUUGUUUAAAUCAGACAGUAAUACGGAUUUUCAGAAAGGAACUUCACUUUCAGAUGAUGCAUCAGAUAAAGGUUUGGGAGAUACGAGUGAAGGAGGAAGCAGUGGACUUUUUAGUAGAAGUGAUUCAGAGGAGGUCUGUGGGCCUCUAAGUGAGAAAGGCAGCUUGCAUCCUAGGGAUUCAGCGUCCGUUUUAAAUAAGAGAGAAGAUUCUACUGAAUUUUUCAUUGAUAAAGAGGAUGACAAAAACAUAUUUUCAAAUAAGUUAAAUGAACAGGAAGGCACAACUGAAGGCUGUCCUAACCAAGUCACUGACUUAGGAACAGAAACUGCCUUAGAAUCUGAAGAGCUGGAAAUCAACAAAGAGAAAGUGACUUCAGUCAGAAUGUUUGCAUCCCAGUCUUCAUCAAGUGCAAAGCCUAAGGAACGCUGCCCGUCCAACCUCCCUGCAUUCUCUGUUUCUUACAAGAAUAUGAAGAGAAGUCCAUCACAAGUCUCUCUGGAUACCAUCUCUAUUGAUAGUAUGAUGCUAGAGGAUCAUUUGAUAGAGAGUGAUGGAAGUGACAGUCAAAGCUUUCUAGAAAAAGGUAUUACAGCCACAAACUAUCAAAGCCCAUCAGAAAAUGCCCAUGAAGGAGGCACAGUGAUUGCAAAUUGUGAUGGGUCAUCUCCAGAUGCCAUGAGCGCUGCUUCAGAGAAUGCCCAUGAGACUAGUGAAGAUAUGAUGUCUGUUAUGGUUUUCCAAAUAUUUGGUGUUAAUGGUGAAAUUGACAUCAGAGGUGAAGACACAGAAAUAUGCGUACAGGUCAACCAAGUGAUACCAAAUCAGCUGGGAAAUAUCAGUGUUCGACACUAUCUUUGCAACAGAACUGUUGGUUCUGACUGUAAAUCUGUGGCUGGACCAGUUAAUUCAUCACCUGAGAUUAGUUUGAGAUGGGAAAGUGGGCCUAGUGCUCUCAUACAUUCUCUACUGGCUGUAAAAAACGGUUUUCUUCAGUGUCAUGUAGAGAACUUCAGCGCUGAAUUUCUAACGUCUUCCCUCACAAACAUUCAGCAUUUUCUAGAAGAUGAAACUGUUGCGGAAGUGAUGCCUAUGAAGAUAAAAGUUUCUAAUGCAAGAAUUAAUUUAAAAGAUGACAGUCCUCGUGAAAAUUUCAAGCCAUCUGAGCUGGUACCCAUAAAACUACAUAUUGACAUACUCUGGAUAGAAAGAAAUGAUGAUGGCUGUUUUCUCAUUAGAGACAGUCAAAGUGUAAAUGACAUGUCGAAGAUGAAGAAUUCCAGUAGUGCAUUGCAGCAAGCAGCUGGACCUGUUGGACUUAAAACACAGGACCAAGCCACGCAGACUACCUGUGAAAUUCCCAGACCUUCUAAAUCAAGCAGGGAUUCAGCUGAUUUCCUUAAAAAUGAGCUUAUUGAAGAAAAUGAAUUUCUCAAACAGGAACUAGCCAAAGCCAAAAUGGCUCUUGCUGAGGUCCAAAUGGAAAAAGAUGCCCUGCUUCAUCGUAUAAAGAAGAUGAAUGUUGAUCAUCAGUAGGACAGUGUUCUGUUGGUGCAAGACAUCAACAGAACUUCCGGUGAUGGUGGCAUCUAAAAUACUGUUUGUAAAUCACUGGAAGACAUGGUUAUUUUUUUUGGUGACAAACGAAGUUUUCUCAUUGUGAACUAGUUACUAUUCCAAAAUCACCAUUAAACAUUGUAACUUUUUUCAGCCCAUUUUAAACUGAAAUGACUUUGGAAAAAUCAGUUUAUACUGUACUUUAUUAAUUUACUGAAGAAAAAAAAAUCAUAUCAUCUACUUUUAGUAUUAUCAAAGGAGAUGUUAUUUUUAAAAUGUUUUCUGAAAAAUGGAUGUCUCAGCAAUGAAAGAAGGUGCCUGGGUGCAUAACUGAGUAAAACGUACCAUGCCUCAUUAACAAACUGUACCUCUGUUUGUUAAGGUUAUGUUGUUUUAUUAUUACCACAAGGUAUCUAUACAGGAGGUGACAUUUGCACUAUGAUGGUAUAGGCUAGAUGGUCUAGAAUAGUAUAGCUACCAAAAAUUAAAAUACUAGCCCUAAACUGGCCCUAAAUUCAGUGUAAUUUGCCCAG